AUGGUAACUCAAUCAAAUAGUUCUAAUAAAAAACUUAUAUCUGAACCCAGUUCUCCUACAAAUAUACCUUCUUUGGAAAAUUCCAAGAAUGAUCUAAAGAUUGUCAAAGGUGAAAAAACUCCAACAAAAACCAUUCAAGAUAAAACUGAAGUUAAAAAGGAAACAGGAUCUCUGACAUUAUCAAAAACUCUAUCGUUAUCUUCUUCUUCCACUUCAUCAACAGUAACGUCAACUUCCCUCUCUGUAUUGACAUCUGCAUCAAUAUCUACAGAGCCAAAAUAUUUCCAGCAAUAUGACCCUGUUUUAAAGAAUGAAGAUGGAUCAAUGCUGACGACCCCUCGAAAUAUCCCAAUGGUAAUUUCCAAAGAUCAGAAUAAAUUGAUUCACCUCGAUCCAGUACCCAAUUUCCAAGAUAAAGCCGAGAUUAAACCGUGGUUACAAAAAAUCUUUUAUCCAAUGGGUAUUGAAAUUGUAAUUGAAAGAUCUGAUAAUACCAAAGUUAUCUUCAAAUGCAAGGCAUCAAAGAGAGGUAGAAAAUCAAGAAAGUCUUCAACUAAUGGAACACCAAAUAAAAUUACAUCUACAUUUGAGGAUACAGUAAAAGAAUGUGCAGAGAAAUUUAUUAUUCAUGACGACACAGAUCUUAAGAAGCAAACAUCAGAGAAAGUAAAGGAAGCGAAUGAUUUAAAAACCUCGACUUCUAUGUCACAAGAAUUAGCCAGUUUAUCAUCACAACAACCGAGAGUGAAAAAGAAAAGAGCUAUAUCGCGAUUUAAUGUUUGUCCAUUCCGUAUUCGUGCAACAUAUUCUUUGAAAAGACAUAAAUGGAGUAUUGUAGUAGUUAAUAAUACCCAUUCCCAUAAAUUAAAUUUUGAUCCAAAUUCCGAAGAGUACAAGAAAUUUAAAGCUAAAUUAAGAGAAAACAAUGAUAUCGAAGCCAUUAAGAAAUUCGAUGAAUUAGAAUAUAGAAAAAUACGUAACUUACCAAUUCAAACUUCAAUGAUACCGUGCGAUUGUGGUUUAACUAAUGAAAUUGAAAGUUUUAAUAUUGUUAUACCAAAUGUUAAUUCAAUCAAGCCUAUAUCUACUCCCGUUAGCUCCUAUACUAUCUCAAGUAAUACUGAUUAUAUGAAAACAAAUAAUAUUCAUAAUAGUUCUAGCAAAGUGGUCACUGUCAUGAGCAAUAGUAAUAAUACUAAACGGAAAACGAUUAGUGAUUUAAUAAUACAAAAGAGUCGAAAAAAUAAUGUUAUUCAAAAAGAAGGAAAUAAUGCAUCGGUACUGAACAUUGAUUCCUCUACAACUGAUAAUAUGAAUAAUAUUGACACAAGUGAAGUACCGUUAUCACAACUACAGUCAAUAUUAUCACAACAACAACAACAACUAGAACAACAUCGGGCAUCUAUUAUAAAUAGAAUUAUUGAUUGGGGAAUACAAGAGAAAUCUACUAGUUUUAAUAAUUUUAAUCCGUUAUCGCAAAAUUUCAUAAGUAGUAAUAAUAGUGACAAGAAUAAUAGUGAUUAUGAGCAUAUCUAUGAAAACAAUUUUAGCCUAGGUUACAAUAAUCUAAGUACAUUCUAUGGAUUAAGUAAUAAUGACAGUCAUACGGAGAUAAUUAAAGCCAAAGAUGUAAUUCAUGACGAAGAGAACGAUGAAGAAUUAGGAAAUUAUGUGCAGAGAAUUAAUGAUGAUUAUGUAUACAACGGGAAUAAUAAUGUCAUGGCAAACGAAUAUUAUCAUAAUGAUUUUGAUUCAUAUAACACUGAUUAUUUUUAUAAAUUUAAUGGACCGUUCGAUUCUGGAAAUAUAAUUCUAAAUAAUAACUAUAAUCAUAUUAUUAACAGCUUAAACAAACAUGGAAAUACCAAUAAACAUGAUAGAAUUUACAACACUGAUAAUGGCUUCAAUAAUGUGAAUAACACAAACCACCACAUCAACAACAACAACAAUAAUAAUAAUAAAAACACUAAUAUUGCCAAUAAAAAUUAUAGUAAUACUAUAAAUGUGAAUGUGAAUAAUAGUUAUAAUAAUUAUUAUAAUAGUCACCUACAUGAAGUGAAUGAUGAUUUAUUAUUAAUUAACAAUUUUAUUGAUGAUCCCAUAUUUAAUGAGUCACAUUUAAAUAUGAUGAAUCUUCAUUCAAGCAAUUUAGAAACACCAUUCCAUAAUAUACAUAGUGAUAAUGCUAUUGCUGGUACGAAGUUAAGGAACAAUGACAAUGGCAAUAAUGGUAAUAAUAAUUGUGAGAAUGUCAAUGACAAUGGGAAUAGUGAAAAUGUUAAUCUUAUUGAUUUAAAUGAAAUUGAUUUCACAGAUAUUUUUAUUAAUAAUGGGUAUAAUACGAUGAGUGAAUUAACACCAAAGCAUCCCAAUAAGACAAAAAACGAAUUAAAUAAAGAAGAAUUGAAGAAACCAGAAGAAGAAGCAAAAGAUUUGGACAUAUUCCAGUAA